AAGACGGGGGAGGACGAGAAAAGGAGGGCGAGAGGGGGUGAGAGAUAAGGGAGAGCUUGAAUCUGGACCGUCGGAUGGAACCGGUACUCGGAUCUUAGCCGUCGAUUAACGUUUCUCGUCGUGGCCCGCGGGUCCGGUGCUCGGACAGUCGAGCUCCGCCCCAUUUUCCGGCCAGAUCUCCGUCGCCGGGUGUCAGAUCCGCCCGAUAUCCCGGAUCCGUCGCUCGUUUGGUUGGGGGUCUGAUAUUUUCUUUGACAGGUUUUGAUUCUUUACAUCAAUCCUUAAGCAAUGGCUACCUCUCAGUAGGGGAGAUCAGACCGUCUUUUUUGCUUUCAUUCCUUGCUCGACACUGCUUUUAAGGAACUGGUAGUUUUCCAACAUCCAUUGCUCGCUUCAUGGUCGAUCGUGCACCAUAUCUUCUUCUCUCUGUAACUGCAUCAGCCUCUGCGUUCGGCGUGCACCCAAGGGAGAAGAAGAGAAAGAGGAAGUCCAUCCUACUUGCUUCUGCCUCUCACUUUGAUAACCCAGCAUCCUCCCCACUCCAUGUCUCCUAACGUGGACAGCCCUGUUCAAACCCAGAUGGCGGUUGCAGUCUUGAAUCACACCUUCAGCAGUGACUACCCUGGAAACCCCAAAAGUGAAGGAAAGCCAGGUGCACGGAGGCGUGUGUUUGUCCAGACAGAGACAGGCUUUGUCUUGGGCAUUGAACUGGAUCGCGAGGACAAUGUCCACACUGUGAAAAGGAGAUUACAGCUAGCUCUCAAUGUGCCAACCGAGGAGAGUUCUCUCACAUUUGGUGACCUCGUGUUGAAAAAUGAUCUUAGUGCUGUGCGAAAUGAUUCCCCAUUGCUACUCACAAGGAAUUUCCUGCACAGGAGUUCCUCCACUCCAUGCCUAUCACCGACUGGGAAGGACCUUCAGCAAUGGGAUCAGAGUGGUCCAAUUGAAAUUUUAGGAUGUUCAAGCCACUGUAAUAAGAUAAAACUACUUGUUAAGGAUGCUGUGAAGGCUAUUAACAGUGGUAUUGAUCCGAUACCAGUUCACAGUGGGCUUGGUGGUGCAUACUACUUCCGGAACAAAAAAGGUGUGAACAUUGCCAUUGUGAAGCCCACAGAUGAGGAGCCAUUUGCACCAAAUAAUCCAAAAGGGUUUGUUGGGAAAUCCCUUGGGCAACCAGGGCUGAAAAGGUCUGUGCGAGUUGGUGAGACUGGGUUCAGGGAGGUUGCAGCAUACCUCCUGGACUAUAAUCACUUUGCCAAUGUCCCUCCAACAGCCCUUAUCAAGAUCACACAUUCAGUAUUUCAUGUGAAUGAAGGCAUUAACUGCAAUGGUAGUACUAAAUCUUACUGUACAAAGACAAAUGUUGCCAGCAAGAUUGCAUCAUUCCAGCAGUAUAUUUCUCAUGACUUUGAUGCUAGUGACCAUGGAACCUCAAGCUUCUCUGUGGUGGCUGUCCACAAGAUUGGGAUACUUGAUGUUAGAAUCUUCAACACGGACAGGCAUGCGGGAAACCUUUUGGUGAGGAAAAUUGAUGGUGGGGAUGGUAAGUUUGGGGCUCAGAUGGAAUUAAUUCCUAUAGAUCAUGGUCUCUGCUUACCCGAGAAUUUGGAGGAUCCUUAUUUUGAAUGGAUCCACUGGCCACAAUCAUCAAUCCCUUUCUCCGAGGAAGAGCUUGAGUACAUCGCCAACCUUGAUCCAGUGAGGGACUCUGAGAUGCUUCGCAUGGAGCUGCCUAUGAUCCGAGAAGCAUGCCUUCGGGUGUUGGUCCUCUCAACAAUUUUUCUCAAGGAAGCAGCUGCAUUUGGAUUUUGUCUAGCAGAGAUUGGUGAGAUGAUGAGCAGGGAAUUCAGAGGCAUGGAAGAGGAGCCAAGCGAGCUGGAGGUUGUCUGCAUAGAGGCAAGAAGGUUGGUGGCAGAAAGAGAAGUUUUUUCUCCUGAACCUGAUAAUGUAGAUGAUGAUAUGAUACAGUUUGACAUUGACUGCGAAGAUGCUCAUACAAUGACGCCAAAAGCAGCACCAUCCUGUAACUUUGGAUUCAAGGGGGGCAGUUCCAGAAAUCCACUUUCGAAGCUAGAGAGCUUGGAAGAGGAUGUUGGUGAUGACAACGAAGUUGGCAAUGUUGAAAAAAGUUCUUGCUCCCGCUCCCUAUCUGUUUGGGAUCAUCUUCCAAAAGUUUCGAAGUUAUCCACAUCAUUGAAGGGUGUUUGCAUUGCCGACAAAAGUCAGUGGUAUCCAGCUGGUGUCCCAAAAUUGAAGCCCUCUAGUAGUAAAACUAAUAUCGGUGGUGGGAGCAGCAGGUUUAAGGGUGGGUACGGGAGUGCAAAUGAGCAGCUUCCGGCAAGUGCUAGCUUCAUGAAGCUGUCAGACAUGGGAGAGUCAGAGUGGGCUGCAUUCCUUGAGAAGUUCCAGGAGUUGCUGCAAAAUGCAUUCCAUGGUCGGAAGUGUGGUGCUUCUGGCCUGAGGCAGAGGCAGAGGCUAGGCACUUCUUGCCAGUUUUGAGUAGGAGACAUAUGGAAGAUGCAACGUCUUGGUCGGUUGCUGUGAUCGUCUUUUAUGCUAUCACCAGUAGUGCAGAUAAUGGUGAAUGACAGAUUUAGAAUAAGAUCAUCGUGGGUCAAGGACAUAGUUUGGGGAUUCCGACUAAGGUGACCUUUCUUGUAUGUUGAGGUUGCUACAUCUUUGUGUAACUGUUACCAUGGUAUUCAAGUGUCUUUUAUUCGAAACA